CAUAACACUAGAGAGUGCUCCAAGGCUGGUGACGGUGUCCCUGCUGAAGAAGAGAUUCCUGAGUUAGCAGGUCCUUGCAGCAAGGUGAAAUGCUAGAGCCAGCCUGCACCAAGCUCCACCUUCUCUCUGAGGACAAUGACAAAGAACGCUCAGAGGAUGUACCUUCACAUCAUUCCCCUGCACCCUCCACCAGCACAGAGGCACGCAUCUCGGACCAAUUUGAAGAUGCCUAUGAAAACAUCCCAGUGGCAUCCCAGAUGGACUUGAAGAGUGCCCUGGAAGAAUGCAACAUUGCACUGAGUUUAUUCUUAAAUAACAAAUUUUCCGAAGCUUUGGAUUUGCUGCGGCCUUGGUCCAAAGACAGCAUGUACCAUGCCCUAGGUUACAGCACUAUGCAUGCGAUGCAAGCAGCCAUGACCUUUGAGCAACAGGAUAUCCUUGCAGCCAUUGGAACAAUGAAGGAAGCUUUGCAAACCUGCCAGAGAAGUUGCUGUUCCAAACCUGUGCUGUGCCAUGGAGUAGGAGUUCAUUUUCUCAAGCAGUGGGUUCCCAAACUCAGUCAUGGUAUUACAGCCGCACUCAGCAAAAGCAAAGCUCUGAGGACCAGUGGAAAGGAGGGAAUACUGAGGAACAGAAUUGUGCCGCAUUACACCUUCUGGCAGAGCAACAUUGACCAGAAGUGGUUUCGAAAGAAGAAUUCUGUUGUGGAGUCAUUAUCACAUUUAGUUUCAAAACAAGGGUCUGACCAACUGACAGAAGAGGAGAUGCAUGCAGAGAUGUGCUACGCCGAAUGCCUACUUCAGAAGGCAGCUCUGACAUUAGUGCAGGAUGAAAACAUGAUUAAUUUUAUUAAAGGAGGAAUCAAAAUACGAACAAGUUAUAACAUCUACAGAGAAUGCCAACAGAUCGUACAGAUGACACAGGACCGAGUCAAAACUGAUGUCUACUGCCAGUUUGAAGGAGGUGUCAAGCUAGGGAUUGGAGCUUUUAACCUGAUGCUGUCUCUGCUACCUUUGAGAAUUCUUCGACUUCUUGAAUUUAUUGGAUUUUCGGGUAAUCGGGAUCUGGGGUUAUCCAUGCUGCGUGAAGGCGCCAGCACCCAUAGCUUGAGAGCUGUAUUGUGUGCCUUGACUCUAUUGAUGUAUCAAACUUACAUCACUGUAGUUCUCGGUGCGGGUGAAGGCAACCUCCAAGAAGCCGAAACACUCCUUCAACCUUACCUCGAGAAAUAUCCUAAUGGCUCCAUUAUAUUAUUUUAUUCAGCAAGAAUAAAAAUACUCAGGGGAAACUUUGAAAUGGCUCAGAAGAAGUUUGAGGAAUGCAUAGCAGCUCAGGAAGAGUGGAGACAGAUUCAUCAUCUGUGUUACUGGGAACUAAUGUGGAGUCACUCCUUUCAGCAGCAGUGGCUGCAGGCAUACCGCUUUGCUGAUCUCCUCUCCAAAGAAAGUCGGUGGUCUCAAGCAAUCUACACGUUUCAGAAAGCUGCAAUUCUCAGCAUGCUCCCAGAGCAAGACAUUCAAAAGACUGGAGAGAAAGUGGAAGAACUAUUCAGACAAGUUGAAGGUCUGAAGCAACGAAUUGCUGGGAAAUCUAUACCCACAGAGAAGUUUGCAGUGAGAAAAGCCAGACGGUACACGACUCCAAAUCCUGUCAAACUGGUCCUGCCUUUACUGGAAAUGAUGUACGUGUGGAACGGAUUUGCAAUACUGGGUAAACGAGCAGACCUGACUGAGAACAUGCUGGUUACAAUAGAAAAGGCAGAAAUAGAGUUACAAAAACACCCCAAGCCUGUUGAAUACCAAGUAGAUGAUGAGAGUCUUGUACAGCUUCUAAAAGGGCUAUGUCUGAAACAUUUGGGCCGUCCCUUACAAGCUGAACUCUGCUUCAAUCAGGUGAUCCAAAGUGAGAAGAGGAUAAGGUACGAUCAUUAUUUGGUGCCAUUUACUCUUUAUGAAAUGGGUUUGUUAUACAAACAGCAAGGACACAAUGAUAAGGCCAGGAUGUACUUUGAAACAGCAAAGAAUAACUACAAAGACUAUUCAAUGGAAUCUCGGUUACAUUUUAGGAUCCAUGCUGCACUCAACAGCUUGAAGAAUUCCCCUACCUCAACACCUUGACUAUUCCUCAGGAACAACUUCCUGAAGUAUGUUGCAAUAAAUAAAAGCCUGUGUACGGGUAGGAGUGAUAUACAAAUCACAGACAAGAGCAAAAUAAUGCUGACAUAAUCCGCUGUCUUAGAAGUAUUCUGAAUGUUGUAAUAUGUUCCCUUAAUUCUCAUCUUAAAAAAUUAAGCAGGGUUUUUUUUUACAAUGCUGUAAAGUGUGUUCUUGCAUAAAAAUAAAAGACAGAGAUUUGUUCUU